AUGGAGGCAUUGAUACACCCCAAUGCACUAGAAAUUGGAAGUAGGACUAAAUAUUAUGAUGUUUUAGAUUCCAAAGGAAUGUUAAAAACAAACCAAGAACUCAGAGACCAAGGGGGUUUCAGUCUUGAUUGUUCAUCACUAUGUUACUCAAUUAUACAAUCUCUCUUUCUUCAGACUGCCACCACAACUGCUCCUCCCCAACAGACAGCUACCCCUGCUGAGUCCCUCCAAGUGGACCUCCUGCCUGUUUUGGCUGCAGCACAAGAAACAGCAGCUGCAGCUGCUGUGGUUGCUGCUGCCACUGCUUCUGCACCAGCUGCUUCCACAGUAGAUACAGCUGCCUUGAAACAGCAGCAGCCUUCUGCCUCUGAAGGUGGGAGUGGGCAGGUAGUGCCACCCACUCAGACCACGCAAGCCCCUACCCCACAGGCAGCUCCUGCCAACCCUCAGGCAUCUGAGGCCCAGAAGAAACCAAAGAGUAAAGGGCCCUACAUCUGCUCCCUGUGUGCUAAAGAAUUCAAGAAUGGCUACAACCUGCGACGCCAUGAAGCUAUACACACAGGAGCAAAAGCUUCUCAUGCUGGACCCACAACCAUGAAGAUGCCCACUAUGGUUCCCCUCAGCUUGCUUAGCGUUUCUGCCAUCGGUGGUACAGCCCCAGCAACACCUGCCCCUGCUGAGGGUACUGGAAACACAGCAGGGUCAGGUGCAGGCCUAGUGACCACAACAGCAUCAGGCAAACGUAUCCGGAAGAAUCAUGCUUGUGAGAUGUGUGGGAAAGCCUUCCGGGAUGUCUACCAUCUCAAUCGGCAUAAGUUGUCACAUUCAGAUGAGAAGCCCUACCAAUGUCCUGUCUGCCAGCAACGGUUCAAACGGAAGGACCGCAUGAGCUAUCAUGUCCGUUCACAUGACGGUGCUGUGCACAAGCCAUACAUCUGCAGCCACUGUGGGAAGAGUUUCUCUCGGUAUGAGGGAGUUGAGAGUUCAGGGAGGGUGCAGUUCAUAUUGGAAUUUUUGAAGUGCUUACAUGAAAAAAUUGAGAAAAAUAUUUUG